GAGGACUCGUGCCGUCCCAGCCCUGGGAUUAUUAACCGGCCAACAGACGCUCUCGCAGAGAGACAUCUUUACCCUCGGCGGACCCUACCUACUGGAGACCUUAUUACCCCCCAUGCAGGAUGAGCCGCACGUACUGCUUCCUGGGAUGCUUUCUAGGCCUCGUGUCUGGGAAUAAGCUGUGGUACGUACCGGAGCCGGUUGACUCAAACCCCAGCUCUGAAAGACUGAACUGGGAGCCCCAGUGCCAAUACCAACUGCGCCACCUGCAGGACGGAGCCCGUAUUACAGCUCUGUUACCACCCAACAUCGAAGGGCAUUGGAUUUCGACAGGAUGUGAAGUCCGUCCAGGACCAGAGUUCCUCACCAGAUCCUACAUGUUCUACCCAAAUCGUUUCUUCAAAGCCCUCCAAUUCUACUACAAAGACCACAAAUGCAGAGAACCCACCUACACCUUGGUGAUCAAAGGAAAACUGCGUCUACGGCAGGCGUCGUGGAUAACAAGGGGAGCCACAGAAGCCGAUUACCAGCUGCACAAAGUCGGUAUUGUCUUCCACAGCCAAGAGGCCAUGAGCCACAUCCGAGCCCAGAUGAACAGAACGUGCGCUGGGUUUGUGUCAACGGGCAGGUCUUGGGCUCCUGGCAGAGUGUACGAACUUCUCAGCGACAAGGCAAACAGGGAUUGUACGGCAUCCAUCGGGUUCACCAUGCAUGAACUAAGCUUGGUCAGGGUGGAGAAGCAGUAUAGCACGCAGCACGUGGGGAUGCUGGUGGAGAAGCUCUUUCUAGGAGACAUUCACACCGAGAGAUCGGAGAGAAUCCACUACCGGCCAACUGGAUACCAGCAGCCGCUCCAAAAUGCAAUGCAUCACGUACAUCCGUGCCACGUCUGUGGACUUAUACAACGGUCCGACGAACAUCAUCCUCCUGUCUUACCGCACACCGCCCAUCCGCCGGUGCACCUCAGCGGGAAAUGGGUCAGCAGCCAGUGUGAGGUGCGGCCGGCCGUCCUCUUCCUCACCCGCUACCUGACUUUCCAUGGGGAGAACCGCAGGUGGGAAGGAUUUUACUACCACUACGCUGACCCGCUGUGCAAACAGCCCACGUUCACCUUGUACGCCUCAGGGCACUACACAGAAGGGGUCCGUUCGGAUCGUAUCCGAGGGUCCACGGAACUGGUGUUCAAGGUGAGCCAAGCUCGGGUUAGACCGCUGAACCAUUCCAUCUUGAGGAUGCUCAACAGCUCUUACCCCGGGAGUUGCGGCGAUUCCGGAAACUGGACCAUCGGAGAAGAGCAGGACAUCACCGGCACCGGGGGGUGCGACGUGCUGGGUAUUCGCCUACCGCACACGGAAUAUGAAUUGUUUAAAACCGAGCAGGACAGCGGUGGACGGUAUCUUCUGUAUACAGGCGAACGACCCACGGACGGGUCCAGCCCUGAUACCCCUAACAAAAGACCUACGUCUUACCAGCCGCCUCUUCUCCAGUGUGCCGGGCAGCCCUCUGUCCCGGCCAGACACCACAUGGACAUCUCGUUCAGCAAGGCGCCCUUAUUAAAGCCGCAGCUGCUAGUUUUGAUCUCUCUGUUUAUUAUAACACAUAUUUUAAGGCAGAACUGAUAUAAUUUGGCUGUUUUUCCAGGUGCAGCCGCCUGACCUCCACAGGGCUGGGACACUCGUACAGUCAACCGAAAGGAUAAAAAUGUCUCCUCUUUCUUAAUUGUUUAUUUUGCUAAAGAUUUUGUACAUACUUCUAUACGGUUUAAUGCACUUGCUAAAAAGAUGUAUUUUCUAUGAAAUCCAACAUAUUGAAACAUGCUUCCCCCCUCCCGACUUUCCGAAACGAUCCACACAUUUCUAAGCCGGGAGGUCUGGCGGAAAAAAAAAAAUAUUCCUCUGGCUUCAUUCAAGGGAAACUUGGACGUUCUUAAUAUCGACAGAACCAGGACAAUCCACGAUCGGAACGUGAUCAGCGUGAUUUAUUCUUAAAACGUGCCUGUUUGCGGCAGGGGAGCUAAAGGACGGAUAUAUAUCACGGACAGAAAGUCCAGAUCCGGCUCCCUCCAUCACCCGGCGUCCGACUGGUUAAAGUGGAUUUUGUGUAUACGUUACAGUAAACAAAAUGUAAGAUUAAAAAGGGAUUUUUACAGUUAAA